AUGAUGUUCGCGAUUUUAUUAUUGGUAUCUAUAAGUGCAGUUAAUGUAUUAAGUGUUGAUAAUAUUGUGGUAACAAAUAAUGGACCUGUAUUAGGCCAAGACCGUGGAAAUUAUAACACUUAUUUUGGUAUACCGUACGCAUUGGUAGACGAAAAGAAACCUUUCGGGAAAUCCCUUCAACAUCCAGACUUCGCAUCACCAUUCAAUGCGACGGAUUCUACAGUUAGAUGCCCUCAAUCUGUGCCCACACCAGGUGGUAUACUUCAGUGUCUUCGACUCAACAUCUUUGUACCAAAAACCAUCAAUAAACAAUUACCAGUGUUCGUAUGGUUCCACGGUGGAGGUUUUGUAUUUGGAAAUGGAGGUGAAUAUGACGCUAAACAUUUGGUCCGCCACGACAUAAUUGUUGUGACAAUAAACUAUAGGCUAGGACCGUAUGGCUUCUUUUGUUUGAAUACCGACGAAGUACCAGGUAAUCAGGGAUUGAAAGACCAACUGACUGCUCUGAAAUGGGUUAAAAAGAAUAUAGCAUCGUUCGGUGGCGAUCCUAAUAAAGUAACCAUAGCUGGGGAAAGUUAUGGAGGAGGUUCGGUGGAAAUGCAUCUGUAUUCCGAAACUGAGAAGCUUUUCGAUAAAGCUAUAAUACAGAGCGGUGGUGUUGACGCUGAGGCCUUAAUCGUUAAAGAGAAUAGAAACGCAGCGUAUACACUUGCUAAAGUAUUCCAGCCUGAGGUUAAGAAGCAAGAUGCUGUAAAUGUGUUAGCUAAACAAGACCCAGUUGAAGUAAUGAAGGCGUUCGGUUCCUCUGGCAUGCUUCUACGAGCAUGUCUAGAAAAAAGACAGCGUAAGGGGGGCAAUUUCUUUACAAAAAAAUCUAUCGCCUUAUACUCUCCUCAAAAAGUUAAAGAUACUCAUAUCAUGAUAGGUUAUAAUAGUAAAGAGACAUUCGCAGAUUUCAUGAGAUUACCAGACGAUGGUUAUGCAAGGGAUAUUUUCUUGGAAAAAAUAAGGAACAAUUUCAAGUUAAAGGGUAAACGUUUAGAAGAGGCCACUCGAUUAGUAAAAACAUUUUAUUUGGGUAAUAAAAAUAUUUCUAAAGAAACGAUGUUGGAAUUGGUGGAUUUCACUAGCGAUUUCAUGAUAAACUAUCCUGAAGAAAGAGCGAUCACUAGAUUUCUGAAUCAGAGUGCUGUUAUUUACAAAUAUUUGUUUUCCUAUACUGGAAACAGUCCUUAUAAAGAUGUAGAAGGCGUUGGAGCUUACCAUACUGAAGAACUACAAUUUUUAUUUGAUUGGGGUACAAUGAAAGAGUUGACUGGUGAUGAAAAUAUAUUGAUGAGAGACAGAAUGACUACGAUGUGGGCUAAUUUUGUCAAAUACGGGAUUCCUACGCCAAAAGAAACAAAUAAUCUACCUGUAAUAUGGCAACAAGUGUCACGAAAUACCCGGUCAUAUUUAGACAUCGAUAGAGAUUUCAAAAUGAGGGAGGACGUGUAUAAAGAUAGAAUCGAGUUCUGGAAUGGCUUUUGGCAAAUUUAUGGAAAAUAUCGUAAGCCAUAUAGAUCUGAACCUGAAGUUGCAGCUUAG